AGGUUUGUAGCGUGUCAUUGGACGGAAACUUGAACACGUAUUACUACCCGGUACGAAGUUACAUCGAAACACUAAAGUUCCUAAAGUUGUUAGCUCUGAAGCUCCUGGUUCGACAUUCUCCCCUUCGCAAGACUCAAUUCCUUGGGAGACGAACAAGAACAGAGAACUGUUCUGCCCGCAACGAAACCUCGAAUACCGACACAAUGGCUUUGCCACGAGCAUUGCUGCAGUACAUCUGCGGCUUCGUGCUCUUGAUCGCCUCAGUCAACGCUUUGAAAUUCGACCUCACGGCACGCGGUCCGAAUGACAAGAAAACAGAACGAUGCAUACGGAACUUCGUCGCGAAGGACACAUUGGUCGUUGUCACUGCCACUGUUGGCGGGAGCAAGGGAGACGGCAUGAUUGUCAAUAUGCACAUCUUAGAUAAUGUAGGCAACGAGUACGGAAAGCCAAAAGACGUGGUAGGCGAACAGCGCACCGUCUUUACUUCCCACGCCGACGCGGCCUUCGAUGUAUGCUUCGAGAACAUCAUGACGCAUUCGCGCAUGAACAACCCGAGCCGACACGUGGAACUCGACAUCGACAUCGGCGCCGACGCCAAGGACUGGUCCGCCAUCCAGGCGACGGAGAAGCUGAAGCCUGUCGAGACGGAGCUGCGCCGGAUCGAGGAGUCGAUCGCGGAUAUCGUCCGCGAGAUGGACUACCUGCGGGCGAGAGAGCAGAAGCUGCGCGACACCAACGAGAGCACGAAUACCCGCGUUAAGUGGUUCGGGAUAGGUACCACGCUGCUGCUGGUCGCGCUGUGGGGCUGGCAGAUCAUGUACCUGCGCGCUUACUUCCGAUCGAAGCACUUGAUUUAAGAGUAUCCAAUACCUACCUACCUACCUAGGCACCCAAAGCAGGUUUCUCGCAAGCUCGAGGGUUGCGAUGGUCUAGGUGGGUGAAGGGGCAAGCAAGCAACUAGUCACCUAUCAUUAGUCUUGGACAGUACUUAUGACCAUGUCUUAGUGAAGGAGUUAAGGCUCUUGCAGGGCUUCAAUGGGGAAGGGAGGCACAGGCGUGACACGAGUAUUUUUUGGAGGGUUAAAAACGGGCACGGCGGCAUGGAACACGAUACUUCAUGCUUUUGUACGCAUAAUCUGUAUAGGCGUCUUCCGACGCUGCGGAGUCUGGAGAUGAAUAUAAAAAUGAAGGACAUUCAUAAUUCUUGCAUUGCUAUGCAUUGCUAUGCUCAUAAUUCAAUUUUCACGUGAAAAUCGAACACCCC